CGCAAGGUGAGUGACAACACGAUGUACUCUCUCCAUUCGGACCAAACCAGCGCGACGGUGUGCCACGAUCCCUCCAAGCGUCUUUCCAUGCCCAUCGCCCUUGCAGACCCAUCCCUCUGUCAGAACCCAUUCACAGAUCCCAAGAAUCUGGUGGACGACUCAGAAAGCAGCCGGAACCACGCAAGGAAUCCGACUCGGUCCACAAGACAGUCUAGCUCCGAAUCGAGCCAGACGGGAGUCUCGUCGACCUACGACGAUACCGAGAGUUUCCAGCGACUAGCCAACCCGUUUGCCGGAGGUAGUUCAGUCGAGUCGGGAAGUUCCUCACGGGACAGUUUCUAUGUCUCCACCUCGGAUGAUAGUUCUGUGAUUGCAGAGAUCGAACGGCGCGCCGCCGUGUUGGAAUUCAACGAACUGGUCCAGAAGCUCCGUCUCCCGCCUCUGCCGAUGAACAACAGCAAGGGGGCAGAAUCCGGCGAUGGAUCACAUUCCCAGUUAUCGGGUUCGCGCGGACAAUUCCAACGGGAUCGAUGCUUGGGUUAUCCAGCUGACUGGGUGCCAGGGCAGCUUCCCCCCACCACCGCUGGGGAGAAGAUGACUACUGGACGGCGCGACCGACUCUAUGGCCGACUACGUACGAUGCGGUCGACCCUGCAACUGGGCCUUUCGUCGGAGGGACCCCGCACCACGCGGACUUUACGCCGGAUGAAGACGUUGGCGCAUGUGGGCACUCGGGUGAACGAGAUGACUUCACUGACGGGGAUGUCACUGGAGGAAUUGGCGCGUCUCGGGGGCUAUAAUAUACUCACGCUGCCGGCCGAAUUUGCGCCUAUGAAACUCCGCCUCCCGGUAUGUUUUGUAGCUACAAUUACCGUUUUGGGUCGAUUUGCUGCCCCGGUGCGCGACGUGUUUGUCGAUCCCGGCCAUCCGAAAAUGGCAAUGCGAAUUUACGACCAUUUCGCCCGGUCGGUGCUCGCCGCCCUUCGAGAGCCCGAUCGAAUCCAGAUGACGGUUGGCCGUAGUGACCUACCCCUAGCGGUGAUCGAGCCUAGCGCUCGUACGAUGGACGACACAAUGGUGCAAAGCAUGGCACGGGCAUUCCUGGCACUACUGGCGGGGCUUCCCGGCGGGCUCCUGGGAUUACCGGCACUAUAUCGAGUGCUCGUGGGCAUCAGCCAAGCACCCCUGGUGGAUGACGAUGUGGAACGGCGUCGCAGCUGUCUUGGAGGGGUUUCGCCGCAAGAUUACGUCAAGGUCAAGGCCAUUGGGCUGGCACUGCUGGCCCUGACGAACACCAUGCAGCUGCACCUCAUCUGUGGGGUGAUUGGCCUCAGCGCCCUACUCCUGCAUGAAACGCAGCGCCUAGCGCAGGAGGAGGCUCCGCGCUCUGUCAACAAUGAGAAUGGGAGUGGGGGGCCGGGACCGCUGACGCUGGACCGGCUGGGUCGCGUGCUCGGGCCGUUGCUCACGGGGAGAGAGGGGUCUGGCGACACGUUUGGAGCUAUCGCCCAGGAGAUUGAGAGCGAACGAGUGGUGAUGAUGCUCGUGGAGCACUGGCGAGGGAUCAGUCGUCAGCUGCGCAUCUGGGAACAUCGC